CGCUUAAGUCAUCAGAAAAGAUGAACAAUAUAUUUUAAAAGGCUCAAACCACUCUCAAACCCAACCGUAACAAAAUGGCUUCUUCCAUUGUCUUCAAAUCCUUCACCGGACUCCGGCACUCCUCCCAGGAACAUCCCAAAGUACUCCAUUCCCACACAAACCCCAUAUCCUCUUUCUCAUACCGCCGCUUUCGAAUCACAGCCAGCAAGUCUAGUCCGAAGCUCCAAAACCGCAACCUCCGAGUAGCCGUCAUCGGCGGCGGUCCUGCCGGUGGUGCCGCUGCAGAAACAUUAGCCAAAGGAGGCAUUGAAACAUACCUCAUCGAACGAAAGCUGGACAACUGCAAGCCAUGCGGUGGUGCCAUCCCUUUGUGCAUGGUGGGUGAGUUCGACCUCCCACUGGACAUUAUAGAUCGGAGAGUGACCAAGAUGAAGAUGAUCUCUCCUUCUAAUGUGGCCGUUGAUAUUGGACGAACUUUGAAGCCUCACGAGUACAUUGGCAUGGUGAGGCGUGAGGUGCUUGAUGCUUACUUGAGAGAAAGAGCAUCAACGAAUGGGGCUAAAGUGAUAAAUGGUUUGUUCUUGAAAAUGGACAUUCCUAAAAAAGGUAGUGAAAAUAUUAAUUCACCCUAUGUCUUGCAUUAUACUGAGUAUGAUGGGAAGAAAGGUGGAACUGGAGAGAGGAAAACUUUGGAGGUUGAUGUGGUUAUUGGAGCUGAUGGGGCAAAUUCGCGUGUUGCCAAGUCCAUUGAUGCUGGUGAUUAUGACUACGCUAUUGCUUUUCAGGAGAGAAUAAAAAUCCCCAGUGAUAAAAUGGUGUACUAUGAGAAUUUAGCUGAGAUGUAUGUUGGUGACGAUGUAUCACCAGAUUUCUACGGGUGGGUCUUCCCCAAAUGUGACCAUGUUGCUGUUGGAACUGGCACGGUGACACACAAAGGUGACAUAAAAAAAUUUCAACUAGCCACAAGAAACAGAGCCAGGGACAAGAUCCUUGGUGGUAAGAUUAUACGAGUGGAAGCACACCCAAUACCAGAACACCCCCGGCCUCGCAGAUUAUCAGGGAGGGUAGCGUUAGUGGGUGAUGCAGCUGGGUAUGUAACCAAAUGCUCCGGUGAGGGUAUCUAUUUCGCAGCUAAAAGUGGUAGAAUGUGCGCGGAGGCAAUAGUUGAGGGUUCUGGAAAUGGCAAGAGGAUGGUGGAUGAAAGUGACCUGAGGAAAUAUCUGGAGAAAUGGGACAAGACAUACUGGCCUACAUACAAGGUGUUGGAUGUGUUGCAGAAAGUUUUCUAUAGAUCAAACCCAGCUAGAGAAGCUUUUGUGGAGAUGUGCGCGGAUGAGUACGUGCAAAAGAUGACAUUUGAUAGCUAUUUGUACAAGAGGGUAGUGCCUGGGAACCCCUUGGAGGAUUUGAAGUUAGCUGUGAAUACCAUUGGGAGCUUGGUGAGGGCUAACGCACUCAGAAGGGAAAUGGACAAGCUUAGUGCAUGAGAGAUGAAGAACCAUGCCGUUAAGACGCCUGGUUCUUCCCCCACAUCGACUUCCAUGAGAGACAAGCUUGGAUUAAUGUGUCUCUCCUCGAACUUAUGCAAGAUGAUAUUUGUAAUUGCGCACAAGUAAUUUGCGAUAUUUGUUAACCUUGUAGACUGCACUAGUUUUGUGAUGUCAGGAGGAUUGAUGUUUCGAUGUUGGGAAGGGCUCUGAGCUUGAGAAAACAUUUUUCAAUUUGCAUGCCUAAGUGCAUAUUAAUAUUUUAAAUUAUUUGCUA